AUGUCUGAUCCCACGAUACAGACCUUCUGCUGUCACCACAGAACCCAGCUCGAUGGGGCAAUUCCCCUGAUGGGCGAGUUCAGCACCAAUAGCUACCUCUUCGUGUGUAUGGUGAGCUCCUUUUUGGGCAUCAUGGGGGCUCAUUAUCAGAUUUUUGUGCGUGGAAAGCGGGGUAGUGCGUCAAAUUCAAGGCGACUCACAGACUCUGGGAAUUCAGUGAACUCCAAUGGUCACAGAGUUAUCUUGUGGCUGGCAAUUGCUGAUUUCUGUGCAUCUCUUGGAGUUUUUGUCCGAUCUGCCAUGUGGAGGUACUUCCAGCCGAUGAUGCUGAAGGAUGACGAAGCUAGUGUUAUUUUCUGUGCUGUAACUUCGGCUUGGACACAAUAUUUCUACACGUGCACCUGGCUCUGGACCCUCAGCUAUGCCAUCAAUGUGCGAAGUUACUUGCGCGGCGAAGACUUCUCCAUGAGGCGAUAUCAUGCAAUUGUUUGGACAUUUGGAGCCUUGCUGACCAGUGUGGGACUCACAGUACUCUACUAUCCGAAUGCUGAUUGCCAGAAUGUUAGGGAGCUAUGGACAGCUUUGGCUAGAGUACUUCCUAAUUACUGUGCCACUUAUCUCCCGAUAUUGAUAGUGAUGAUUGGAAAUCCAAUAAUAUACAUGGAUUGCAGCAAGAUGAUCAGUGAGAUGUUCAUGACAAGAUACACAAGAGUUACAUCCCAUGAAAGGGAAGUGAUGUCGAGAUUCAAGUGGAAGUUCGGCCUCAUCAAUAUUGUUUUCUACAUUUGCUGGCUUCCAAACUUAGUGGGUGGAUUCAUUCUCUGGACAGUUUGGGGAUCUGUACCUGAGAAUAUAAUGGUAUUCAUCUGGUACACAAUGGCAGCAACAAAUCCUCUUCAGGCCUUCCUCAAUGCCUUUGUGUAUAGAAGAUGGGCCAAAACUCCAUCGGAACCUGAUCCAGAUCCACCCACAGAGACCCAUCAGGAAUCCUCGCCGCUCCUUGAGAAAUCUCGUACUUGGCUAGCGCGAGCACAACCAGCAUCUUCUUCUAAACUGGAAAAUCCCUCAUCUCAUCGGAAGGCUAAUAAUUGUUCCUGCUUCUGA